GCGGGAACCAGCAGCUUCCCCACAGGCAGUGUGGGGAGAACCUGUGCCCCAGAAGCAGGAUGAGAAGAUGGCAGACUUCCUGUUACCUCGGGGCACCAGCAGCUUCCGCAGGUUCACCCGGGAGUCCCUGGCGGCCAUCGAGAAGCGCAUGGCAGAGAAGCAGGCCCGCAGCUCGACCACCUCGCAGGAGAGCCGUGAGGGGCAGCCCGAGGAGGAGGCUCCCCGGCCCCAGCUGGACCUGCAGGCCUCCAAAAAGCUGCCGGAUCUCUAUGGCAAACCGCCCCGAGAGCUCAUUGGGGAACCCCUGGAGGACCUGGACCCCUUCUAUAGCACCCAAAAGACCUUCAUCGUGCUAAACAAAGGCAAGACCAUCUUCCGGUUCAGUGCCACCAACGCCUUGUAUGUCCUCAGCCCCUUCCACCCUGUCCGGAGAGCAGCCGUGAAGAUCCUGGUUCAUUCGCUCUUCAGCAUGCUCAUCAUGUGCACUAUCCUGACAAACUGCGUGUUCAUGGCCCAGCGUGACCCUCCACCCUGGACCAAGUAUGUCGAGUAUACCUUCACUGCCAUUUACACCUUUGAGUCUCUGGUCAAGAUUCUGGCCCGAGGCUUCUGCCUGCACGCUUUCACCUUCCUUCGGGACCCAUGGAACUGGCUGGACUUCAGCGUGAUUGUCAUGGCGUAUGUAUCAGAAAAUAUAAAACUAGGCAAUUUGUCGGCUCUUCGAACUUUCAGAGUCCUGAGAGCUCUAAAAACUAUUUCAGUUAUCCCAGGCCUGAAGACCAUCGUGGGGGCCCUGAUCCAGUCUGUGAAGAAGCUGGCCGACGUGAUGGUCCUCACUGUCUUCUGCCUCAGCGUCUUUGCUCUCAUCGGCCUGCAGCUCUUCAUGGGAAACCUGCGGCACAAGUGCGUACGCAACUUCACGAUGUAUAACGGCACCAAUGGCUCCGUGGAGGCUGACGGUCUGGUCUGGGACUCGCUGGACGACUACCUCAAUGACCCAGGUAAUUACCUGCUCAAGAAUGGCACCACCGAUGUGUUACUGUGUGGGAACAGCUCCGAUGCCGGGACGUGUCCCGAGGGCUACCGGUGCCUAAAGGCAGGCCAGAACCCUGACCAUGGCUACACCAGCUUCGACUCCUUCGCCUGGGCCUUCCUCGCGCUCUUCCGUCUGAUGACGCAGGACUACUGGGAGCGCCUCUACCAGCAGACGCUGCGAUCUGCAGGGAAGAUCUAUAUGAUCUUCUUCAUGCUUGUCAUCUUCCUGGGCUCCUUCUACCUGGUGAACCUGAUCCUGGCUGUGGUUGCCAUGGCCUAUGAGGAGCAGAACCAAGCCACCAUUGCUGAGACUGAAGAAAAGGAAAAGCGCUUCCAGGAGGCCAUGGAGAUGCUCAAGAAAGAACACGAGGCCCUCACCAUCAGGGCUGUGGACACCGUGUCCCGCAGCUCCUUGGAGAUGUCCCCUUUGGCCCCAGUAACCACCCAUGAGAGAAGAAGCAAAAGGAGAAAACGAAUGUCUUUGGGGACGGAGGAAUGUGGAGACGACAGGUUCCCCAAGUCUGACUCGGAGGAUGGUCCCAGAGCAACGAAUCAUCUCAGCAUCACCCACGGCCUCAGCAGGACCUCCAUGAAGCCGCGCUCCAGCCACGGGAGCAUUUUCACCUUCCGCAGGAGAGACCUAGGGUCCGAGACUGACUUCGCAGACGACGAAAACAGCACGGCUGGGGAGAGCGAGAGCCGCCGCACUUCUCUGCUGGUGCCCUGGCCCCUGCGUCGGCCCAGCGCCCAGGGCCAGCCCAGCCCCGGGACCCCAGCUCCCAGCCACGCCCUCAAUGGCAAAAGGAACAGCACUGUGGACUGCAACGGGGUGGUCUCUUUGCUGGGGGCAGGCGACCCCGAGGCCACGUCCCCAGGCAGCCGCCUUCUCCACCCUAUGAUGCUGGAACGGCCCCCAGACACGACCACUCCGUCGGAGGAGCCGGGCGGGCUCCAGAUGCUGACGCCCCAGGCUCCGUAUGCGGAUGGCUUUGAGGAGCCAGGAGAGCGGCAGCGGGCUCUCAGCGCGGUCAGUGUCCUCACCAGCGCACUGGAAGAGUUGGAGUCGUCUCACCGCAAGUGUCCGCCGUGCUGGAACCGCUUUGCCCAGCAUUACCUGAUCUGGGAGUGCUGCCCACUGUGGAUGUCCAUCAAGCAGGGAGUGAAGUCAGUGGUCAUGGACCCAUUUGCCGACCUCGCCAUCACCAUCUGUAUUGUGCUCAACACGCUCUUCAUGGCACUGGAGCACUACAACAUGACAACUGAAUUCGAGGAGAUGUUGCAGGUCGGGAACCUGGUCUUCACGGGGAUCUUCACGGCAGAGAUGACCUUCAAGGUCAUUGCUCUCGACCCCUACUACUACUUCCAACAGGGCUGGAACAUCUUUGACAGCAUCAUCGUCAUCCUCAGCCUCAUGGAGCUAGGCCUGUCUCGCAUGGGCAACCUGUCGGUGCUGCGCUCCUUCCGCCUGCUGCGGGUCUUCAAGCUAGCCAAAUCGUGGCCCACCCUGAACACACUCAUCAAGAUCAUUGGGAACUCAGUGGGGGCACUGGGGAACCUGACGCUGGUGCUGGCCAUCAUCGUGUUCAUCUUCGCUGUGGUGGGCAUGCAGCUCUUUGGCAAGAACUACUCGGAACAGAGGCACCUCAUCAGUGACUCAGGCCUCCUGCCCCGCUGGCACAUGAUGGAUUUCUUCCACGCCUUCCUCAUCAUUUUCCGUAUCCUCUGUGGCGAGUGGAUCGAGACCAUGUGGGACUGCAUGGAAGUAUCUGGGCAGUCCCUGUGCCUGCUCGUCUUCUUGCUUGUUAUGGUCAUUGGCAACCUUGUGGUCCUGAACCUCUUCCUGGCCUUGCUGCUCAGCUCCUUCAGUGCAGACAACCUCACAGCCCCGGACGAGGAUGGUGAGAUGAACAAUCUGCAGCUGGCCCUGGCCCGCAUCCAGAGGGGCCUGCGCUUCCUCAAGCGGACCACCUGGGACUUCUGUUGUGGGCUCCUGCAUCAGCGGCCUCAGAAGCCUGCGGUCCUUGCCACCCGCCCCCGGCUGCCCAGCUGCAUGGCCACCUCCAGAUCCCCACCACCCCCCGAGAUGGAGAAGGUGCCUCCGGCCCGCAAGGAAACACGGUUUGAGGAAGGCAAGCGGCCAGGCCAGGACGCCCCUGGGGAUUCGGAGCCCGUAUGUGUGCCCAUCGCCGUGGCCGAAUCAGACACAGAUGACCAAGACGAGGAUGAGGAGAACAGCCUGGGAACAGAGGACGAGUCCAGCAAGCAGACCCACGAGGACAGUUGCUCCGAGGGGAGCACGGCAGACAUGACCAACACUGCUGACCUCCUAGAGCAGAUCCCCGACCUCGGUGAGGACGUCAAGGAUCCUGAGGACUGUUUCACCGAAGGCUGCAUCCGGCACUGUCCCUGCUGCACAGUGGACACCACGCAGGCCCCGGGGAAGGUCUGGUGGAGGCUGCGCAAGACCUGCUACCGCAUCGUGGAGCACAGCUGGUUCGAGACAUUCAUCAUCUUCAUGAUCCUGCUCAGCAGCGGAGCUCUGGCCUUCGAGGACAUCUACCUGGAGGAGCGCAAGACCAUCAAGGUUCUGCUCGAGUACGCCGACAAGAUGUUCACCUACAUCUUCGUGCUGGAGAUGCUGCUCAAGUGGGUGGCCUACGGCUUCAAGAAGUACUUCACCAACGCCUGGUGCUGGCUGGACUUCCUCAUCGUGGACGUCUCCCUGAUAAGCCUGGUGGCAAACACCCUGGGCUUUGCCGAAAUGGGCCCCAUCAAGUCGCUGCGAACAUUGCGUGCACUCCGACCCCUGAGAGCCUUGUCGCGGUUUGAAGGCAUGAGGGUUGUGGUCAAUGCCUUGGUGGGCGCCAUCCCGUCCAUCAUGAACGUCCUCCUCGUCUGCCUCAUCUUCUGGCUCAUCUUCAGCAUCAUGGGUGUGAACCUCUUUGCGGGGAAGUUUGGGCGGUGCAUCAACCAGACCGAGGGAGACCUGCCUUUGAACUACACCAUCGUGAACAACAAGAGCGACUGUGAGUCCUUCAACGUGACUGGCGAACUGUACUGGACCAAAGUGAAAGUCAACUUUGACAACGUGGGAGCCGGAUACCUGGCCCUUCUGCAGGUGGCAACAUUUAAAGGCUGGAUGGACAUUAUGUACGCAGCUGUGGACUCCAGGGGGUAUGAAGAGCAGCCCCAGUGGGAGUACAACCUCUACAUGUACAUCUACUUUGUCAUUUUCAUCAUCUUCGGCUCUUUCUUCACCCUGAACCUUUUCAUCGGUGUCAUCAUUGACAACUUCAACCAACAGAAGAAAAAGAUACGGGGCCAGGACAUCUUCAUGACCGAGGAGCAGAAGAAGUACUACAACGCCAUGAAGAAGCUGGGCUCCAAGAAGCCCCAGAAGCCCAUCCCGAGACCCCUGAACAAGUACCAGGGCUUCAUGUUCGACAUCGUGACCAAGCAGGCCUUCGACGUCACUAUUAUGUUCCUCAUCUGCCUGAACAUGGUGACCAUGAUGGUGGAGACAGAUGACCAGAGCCCUGAGAAGGUCAACAUCUUGUCCAAGAUCAACCUGCUCUUUGUGGCCAUCUUCACCGGCGAGUGCAUCAUUAAGAUGACUGCCCUGCGCCACUAUUACUUCACCAAUAGCUGGAAUAUCUUCGACUUUGUGGUUGUCAUCCUCUCCAUUGUGGGCACUGUGCUCUCAGACAUCAUCCAGAAAUACUUCUUCUCCCCGACGCUCUUCAGAGUCAUCCGCCUGGCCCGGAUUGGCCGCAUCCUGAGGCUGAUCCGAGGGGCCAAGGGGAUCCGCACGCUGCUCUUCGCCCUCAUGAUGUCCCUGCCUGCCCUGUUCAACAUCGGCCUGCUGCUCUUCCUCGUCAUGUUCAUCUACUCCAUUUUUGGCAUGGCCAACUUUGCAUACGUCAAGUGGGAGGCCGGCAUCGACGACAUGUUCAACUUCCAGACCUUUGCCAACAGCAUGCUGUGCCUCUUCCAGAUCACCACGUCGGCCGGCUGGGACGGCCUCCUCAGCCCCAUCCUCAACACGGGUCCCCCCUACUGCAACCCCAAUCUGCUCAACAGCAAUGGCUCCCGGGGGGACUGCGGGAGCCCAGCCGUGGGCAUCCUCUUCUUCACCACCUACAUCAUCAUCUCCUUCCUCAUCGUGGUCAACAUGUACAUCGCCAUCAUCCUGGAGAACUUCAGCGUGGCCACGGAGGAGAGCACCGAGCCCCUGAGUGAGGACGACUUCGACAUGUUCUAUGAGAUCUGGGAGAAGUUCGACCCAGAGGCCACUCAGUUCAUUGAGUACUCAGCCCUGUCCAACUUCGCCGAUGCACUGUCCGAGCCUCUCCGCAUAGCCAAGCCGAACCAGAUAAGCCUCAUCAACAUGGACCUCCCCAUGGUGAGUGGGGACCGCAUCCACUGCAUGGACAUCCUCUUUGCCUUCACCAAGAGAGUCCUGGGUGAGUCUGGGGAGAUGGACGCCUUGAAGAUCCAGAUGGAGGAGAAGUUCAUGGCAGCCAACCCAUCCAAGAUCUCCUAUGAGCCCAUCACCACCACGCUCCGGCGCAAGCACGAGGAGGUGUCGGCCACGGUCAUCCAGCGGGCCUUCCGCAGGCACCUGCUGCAGCGCUCCAUGAGGCACGCCUCCUUCCUCUUCCGCCAGCAGGCGGGCAGCAGUGGCCUUUCCGAAGAGGACGCCCCCGAGCGAGAGGGCCUCAUUGCCUACGUGAUGAAUGAGAACUUCUCCCAGCGCCUUGGCCCACCCUCCAGCUCCUCCAUCUCCUCCACAUCCUUCCCACCCUCCUAUGACAGCGUCACUAGGGCCACCAGCGAUAAUCUCCAGGUGCGGGCGUCUGACUAUAGCCGCAGUGACGAUCUCGCAGACUUCCCUCCAUCCCCAGACAGGGACCGCGAGUCUAUCGUGUGAACCUCGGCUCCGGCUGGCCAGGACUCACUGAGAGGAAGCCUGUGGCAUCAUGGCAAGCCUGAAUGCAGUCACAAAGCAGCAUCAAGCUGGGGCCUUCCUUCCUUCGGGCUGUAGGGGUAAGAAGUGGCCCUCCAUCCCUGGGUGGUAAAGGCAGAGUUGCGUGGCGCCCGCAUUGACAGCCAGAAGCAGUUGGCAGAGCUGACCGUUCGGGGUGGCCUGUCCCUCCCCAGAGGCCCCACACGUACCAGUGGCCUGCCGUGGUCAGGCAGUGCCCUCGGGCUCUGCAGAGCAACCCCAUCCCUGCUGCUGAGGCAAAACCUGACACGGAGACUGUAUAUGUUGUGAAUGGAAUUUCAUAAAUUUAUUAUAUUUGAUAUUUUUUUACUUGAGCAAAGAACUAAUGUUUUUUCCAUGGAUAUCGGCGGAAAUUCACACUGCCUCUUCUCAACUCUGAACAAGAGUGUCUACGGAGCUGCUGAAACUGCGAGGAAAACUCUGUUGUCAAAAAGCAGGAAUGGAAUCCUGUGUGGCGCCCACAGGCCUUCACCACCCAGGGGCAGAAUGGAGCCCCCCUGCCGUUUGUGCUGAGGUGCCAGGGAGGGCUGCAAGCCCCUCUUCACACACGCGGAGGCCAGACACAGGCUGCCUGGGGCCAGGCUCCUGUCAGGCGAGUGUCCGGCUAAGGCAGACAGGCUUUCCUCUGACCCCCGUGGGUGAACGUUCUAGUCCCUGGGACUCGCUCUGGCCUUCCACUGUCCCCAAUGUCCCAUUCUUCUCCCUGUGUUUUUAUGCAGGCCAUGCUGGGGCCAGUCCUACAAAAAAAAAAAAAAGCUUCCAGAAGAGAGGGGCCUGGGCUGCAGGGCUAACCCUGGGCACUGAUGCUGCCUUUUCUUCCCAGGGGAGUAUUAAUGUUAAAACGGGGGGGUUGUGAGGGAGCCAGCCCGCCCUUGGGCCGCCACAUGGCUUCUCUGUGCUCCCAGAGCCUGGAGGCCCCCCACAGACUGCGAGGGGAGAAGGCUGCCUGAGCUCAGGGGCUGGGGCUAAGCAGCUCAAAUUAGCUGAAUGGCGCUCAGCCAUGGGGCCCCUCAGCCUGUCUGAAGAAAGUACGCGACUGCCCUUGCCCAGAGCUCUCUCCCCGGGCCUCUCCACCUCUGACCAACAAGGAGGGGGUGCACGUGUGUCCCCAGCUCCUCUCCAGACCCAGGGGCAUGGGAGUGGGCAGAGCAGGGGCCUCGGUCAGGCCAGUGUCCGUGCCCUGGGAGGAGGAUGACCCACGGGCGUCCUUAGCUGGGGAGCAGAGUGGCCCUGCUGGCUCAGCCCAGUCCCGGUGACUCCCAACCACAGGAACCUCCUGGGGCAGGGACCAGGCUCUCCCAGAGGUCUGGUGAGAAGGCUUUUUCAGGGAAAAAUACUUUUUCUAGUCCAGUUACCCCCCAGGGCCUCUUCAGCUGCUGACAAUCCUAUUUAGCAUAUGCAAAUCUUUCAAUGCAGAGAACUGUCACCCUGAGUGUGACAGAGCCCUGGCCAGUGGAGCCUGAGCAGGCAGGGGCUCAGCUGCCCGAUGCCAGCUCUCCCGCCGGGCAUCUGCUGCACGGGCCCCCUCAGUGUCCCAUGCCCACCUCGGGCAGCCCGGGAAGCCGGAGCCCGGCUACUCCUAACCUACCUCGCCGAGCUGUCGGAGGGCCAGACGUUUGGGAUGCUCGGGGCAGUGCUGAAGGGCGGCAUUGCUGGCAAGUCAAGUAUUAUGUUUCUUCUCGUCAUCCCAGUUCCCUUGGCAUCCCAGCACCCACCCCACCCAUGCCCAGCAGCUUCUCCUCCCGUGUUCUCCAAUUCCAGUGUGGGGCCUAGUUUAGAUCAUCCCAGCGACACUUCUCUGAGUGGAAAUCUUAUUUUUGUGUAUCUCUCUGUGCUUUGCUCUCAAGACUUGCAGAGGUUGUGCUCUACCCCUGGCACUCACUGCCCACCACCCGGGCAGGAAUGUGCCUGGGGAGGCAGGCCGGGCUGCCGGCCCAGCUGGCCGGAAGGAGAUGUGGUUUUGUGCAUGUGGACAGCCCGGGAGCCUUUAGACAGGUGCCCGAGGCCAGCCGCCGACAGACCCCAGUGGCUGCGGACAGUGAGACCCAGGGCAGGGGCCACCUAGACCCGACUCCUUAGCUUUUAGUGAGGCUCUUGUUUUUUUUUUCCCAAGAAUUGCACAUUGACCAGCAGGAGGGGAGAAGAGGGUGGGAGAAAGGCAAGAGGGACAAGCAUCAAGUGCCAGAUGAUGUCUGAACUAAUGGAGCACUUCUCACCAAACUUCGUGUAUAAAUAAAAUACGUAUUUUUAAA